AUGUUUGGAAUGGGUGGGCGUAAACCGAUAUCAGGGGAUGUACCACUUCCCGACACAUCGGAGACUGUACACAUCUCAUCACUUGCGUUAUUGAAAAUGUUAAAACACGGGAGAGCUGGUGUUCCAGUCGAAGUCAUGGGGUUGAUGUUAGGGGAGUACGUUGACCAAUACACUGUUCGUGUUGUUGAUGUCUUUGCGAUGCCACAGAAUGGUACCGGUGUUUCUGUAGAGGCUGUAGAUGAAGUGUAUCAAACGACGAUGACGGACAUGUUAAAGCAAACUGGUCGGAAAGAGACUAUAGUUGGGUGGUAUCACAGUCAUCCUGGCUUUGGGUGUUGGUUGUCGUCGAUAGAUAUAUCAACACAACAAUCGUUUGAACGCUUAAACGAGCGCUGUGUAGCAGUUGUAGUUGAUCCGAUUCAAUCGGUCAAAGGGAAAGUCGUCAUCGACGCGUUCAGAACAAUUCAAAACCAAUUUGGCUUUGGGACAGAAGCCCGUCAAGUCACAUCAAAUCAAGGCCAUUUGAGUAAACCAACGUCUCAAGCUCGCGUCAGAGGGCUUGGAAAACAAUACUACUCAAUGCCUAUCGAAUUCUCUAAGAACGAAAUCGAUGAGAGAAUGUUACUCAACUUACAAAAGAAGAAAUGGACCGACUCCCUCCAAGUCGAAUCGGCUGGAAGAAAGGAAAAAAACGUCCAAUCAAUCGACCGAAUGAUCAAACUCGUCAAAAACUAUAACGAAAAUAUCGUCGAAGAGGCUCUCGACCCAAAACAAAGAGAUUUACAACAGGUCGGAAAAAUCGACCCAAAGAAACAUCUGCUGAGCACAGCAGACGAGGCGCUGACUAAUAAUGUUGUCGACUCGUUGGGUGUACUUAUGAACUCCGUCGUCUUUUAA